GUGCGCAUGCGCGGAGUUGAGGCGCGAUGGCAGGUGUCGGGGUCGAGCGGCUGCAGGCUAUGGUGCGGUUUGCGCUGCUGGUUCUCACUGUGUGUGCUGUUGGUGCCCAUGGGCUCUAUUUCCACAUCGGCGAGACUGAGAAGCGUUGCUUCAUCGAGGAAAUACCCGACGAGACCAUGGUCAUCGGCAACUAUCGAACCCAGAUGUGGGACAAGCAGAAGGAGGUCUUUCUGCCCUCGACCCCUGGCCUGGGCAUGCAUGUAGAAGUGAAGGACCCGGACGGCAAGGUGGUACUGUCCCGGCAAUAUGGUUCCGAGGGCCGCUUCACGUUCACGUCGCACACACCCGGUGACCAUCAGAUUUGUCUGCACUCCAACUCCACUAGGAUGGCUCUCUUCGCUGGAGGCAAACUGCGUGUACACCUGGAUAUACAGGUUGGGGAGCAUGCCAACAACUACCCUGAGAUUGCUGCUAAGGAUAAGUUAACAGAGCUCCAGCUUCGUGCUCGUCAGCUGCUUGAUCAGGUGGAACAGAUCCAGAAGGAGCAGGAUUAUCAGAGGUACCGUGAAGAGCGCUUCCGCUUGACCAGUGAGAGCACCAAUCAGAGGGUCCUGUGGUGGUCCAUCGCCCAGACUGUCAUCCUCAUCCUCACUGGAAUCUGGCAGAUGCGGCACCUCAAGAGCUUCUUUGAGGCCAAGAAGCUAGUGUAGGACUCUUGCCGUAUAACCCUUCCCUUUUACCCCAAUUAGUUGUUAAUUUCCCCACCUAGCCCCAUCCACCUGGAUUUUGAGGAGGAAAAGUGAAAAAUCAAUGUGUCUCACAUUGGUGUCAUGGCAAUAAGCCAUUGAGAUCAGCUACCCUUUUGACCCUGGUUCUCCAAGAAGCAGACAUCGGUCCACGCUUUGAAAAUCUGCCUUAGGGUUUGGGAGAAGUUGGAAUUAACCCAAGAUCAAAUCAUUUCUUUUGCCCCUGGUGAUUCUCCUGUUUUUGAAGAGAUGACCAAAUGCUCUUCUGUUUUCUAGUUGUCUACUUCUGCAGUAGACAACCGGGAUGCUCCAUGGAGGAGGCCCUGCCUCGGUGUUCCUGGGUCAGUCCUGAGUUCUUUCAAUGGCUUUGUGAAUGUAAAUGAGGGGCAGUUCUUGGCCCUGAAGGAUCGAGAUGUUUUCUAUAUUUUAGAACUAUUUUUGGAUAAAUUAUAUGUAUUUUCCUUC